AGCCAAUCAACACUCAACACAGCAGUCAAAUUUAGGAGUGUAAUUAUUCCUGGACAAAAUUAUUUUGGUUCUUCUGCCUGGAUUUAUUACACAAUUACCCUUAAUUAUUCUCAACAUCUCAAUCAAUUUCUUAUAGACCAUCAGAUCUCGGCUUAAAUACAAAGAUAUACUCCCCUCUGUGCUCUCUGUUUUACAUCACAAUCAAAAUUCAAAAGCUUGACAAUGGGAGUGGCGCAAAACAAUCUCGACAUGGAGGAAGGAACGCUGGAGAUCGGCAUGGAGUAUAGAACUGUAUCUGGAGUCGCCGGACCUCUUGUUAUACUUGAUAAGGUUAAGGGACCCAAAUAUCAAGAGAUUGUUAACAUUCGUUUAGGGGAUGGAACGACCCGCCGUGGUCAAGUCCUUGAAGUUGAUGGGGAGAAAGCUGUUGUUCAGGUUUUUGAAGGAACAUCUGGGAUUGACAACAAAUACACAACUGUCCAAUUUACAGGAGAGGUUCUGAAGACUCCUGUCUCAUUGGAUAUGCUUGGGCGCAUUUUUAAUGGUUCUGGGAAGCCUAUUGAUAAUGGUCCUCCAAUUUUGCCUGAGGCUUACUUGGACAUUUCUGGGAGUUCUAUUAAUCCCAGUGAAAGGACCUAUCCCGAAGAGAUGAUACAGACUGGGAUUUCAACAAUUGAUGUCAUGAAUUCCAUUGCUAGAGGACAGAAGAUACCUCUUUUCUCUGCAGCUGGUCUUCCCCAUAAUGAAAUUGCUGCACAAAUAUGUCGCCAAGCAGGUCUGGUGAAACGAUUGGAGAAGUUGGACAAUCUUCUUCAGGAUGAAGAAGAAGACAAUUUUGCCAUUGUAUUUGCAGCUAUGGGCGUAAACAUGGAAACUGCUCAGUUUUUCAAACGUGAUUUUGAGGAAAAUGGGUCAAUGGAGAGAGUGACGCUCUUUCUGAACUUGGCAAAUGACCCUACAAUUGAACGUAUCAUCACCCCUCGAAUCGCUCUUACCACUGCUGAAUAUUUGGCAUAUGAGUGUGGGAAGCAUGUCCUUGUCAUUCUUACAGAUAUGAGCUCUUAUGCUGAUGCGCUUCGUGAGGUGUCUGCUGCUCGAGAGGAAGUACCUGGAAGGCGUGGAUAUCCUGGAUAUAUGUAUACUGAUUUGGCAACCAUAUAUGAGCGGGCUGGACGGAUUGAGGGACGAAAAGGCUCCAUUACACAGAUUCCAAUUUUAACUAUGCCAAAUGAUGAUAUUACACAUCCCACCCCAGAUCUUACAGGAUAUAUUACAGAGGGACAGAUAUACAUUGACAGGCAGCUUUACAAUAGACAGAUAUAUCCUCCAAUCAAUGUCCUCCCAUCUCUGUCUCGUCUGAUGAAGAGUGCCAUUGGUGAGGGGAUGACACGCAGGGACCAUGCCGAUGUGUCCAACCAGCUAUAUGCAAAUUAUGCAAUUGGGAAGGAUGUCCAGGCAAUGAAAGCCGUUGUUGGAGAAGAAGCUCUUUCAUCUGAAGACCUGCUAUAUUUGGAGUUCCUGGACAAAUUUGAGAGAAAAUUUGUUAGCCAAGGAGCUUAUGACACUCGCAACAUCUUCCAGUCACUUGAUUUAGCUUGGACCUUGCUCCGCAUAUUCCCCCGAGAGCUACUGCACCGUAUACCAGCAAAGACUCUCGACCUGUUCUACAGCCGAGAUUCAUCAAAUUGAUAAGAAAUGAGCUUUUUACAGUGCUUAAAUUAUCUUUGAUGGACCUCUGCUGCAAUUUGUUUAUUGCCUAGAUUGCAUCUCAGAGUCGUGCAGAGAAUAAUAAGGUUGUUUGUUCAUUUGGGAUUAAAUUUAUUGAGCCAUUUAAAUUGGCACACCCCCAUAAUAUUCUUCCAAUGAGGAGUGCUUUGAUCUUGGUAAUACCCAGUUAUGAGAGUUUUACUGGGCGGAAUCAGGGCUGCUGCUUUAAAUUUCGGCUUCAUUAUGCGAUGCUCUUUUCUUGUAACCCUCAUGGAUUUUCAUUUUUUUUGAAAAAAAAUUAUUUUUUCCCUA